CCGGCCACCAUCAGAUGUGUGAGGAGGCGAUGUAUUCCAGUCUACUAACCGAACAAACCAAUUAGAACACCAUGGACAUUAUUUCAUGUCUUAGCGACGGAGAACACAGCUCGUCUGGUGACGUGAAACGAGAAAUGUAAGCACUGACGAUUCAAACUGCAAGAAGCGACUGACUCCGAUCGCACUAUUCCUUUUCCAUCUCCACCAUUUUGGUUGUCAGUGAUGGAGCACAUCCGGACGCCCAAGGUGGAGAAUGUGCAUCUCAUAGACCGAGCAUCAGGCCAGAGAAAAGCCAGCACUGGGACUCUUUACCUUUCUUCCACACACACCAUCUUUGUAGAGAACAACCCUGAGACACGCAAGGAGACAUGGGUAUUGCACAGCAUGGUGAGCAGUGUGGAGAGGCUGCCCGCUACCCCUGCAGGAAGUCAGCUGGUCCUACAUUGCAAAGACUUCCGGGUCUUCCAGAUCCUCAUCCCACAAGAGAGAGACGGUUUGGAUAUUCAUGCCUCAUUGGUCAGGUUGUCACGACCAGAGAAGUACAAUGAGCUGUACUGCCUGUCCUUCAAUCCCAAUUUGAACAAAGAGGAGAGAGAAGAGUCCUGGACUUUUGUUGAUCUUGUUGUCGACUACAAGCGGAUGGGAGUUCCGAAUAAUCUGUGGGUCACCACAGCAGCCAACAGUGAAUAUAGGGUAUGUGAUACAUAUCCCUCAGAGCUCUUUGUUCCAAAGUCGGCAACACCCGCCAUCAUCGUGGGAAGCUCAAGGUUCAGAAGUAGAGGAAGAUUUCCCACUUUGUCCUACUUCCACCAGGAUACACUGGCAGCAGUGUGCAGGUGCAGUCAACCACUGUCAGGCUUCAGUGGACGUUGUCAGGAAGAUGAGAUGAUGCUUCAGGCUGUUAUGAAGUCCAACCCUGGUAGUGACUACAUCUAUGUUGUGGAUACCAGGCCCAAGCUUAAUGCCAUGGCAAAUAGAGCAGCAGGUAAAGGCUACGAGAAUGAGGAUCACUACACCAACAUCAAGCUGCAGUUCGUCGGCAUUGAAAAUAUUCACGUGAUGAGGAGUAGCCAGCAGAAAAUCAUUGACGUGGGCGAAAUGCGAUUUCCAUCAAUGACUGACUUCCUGUGGGGUUUGGAGAAUUCGGGUUGGCUCAAGCACAUUAAAGCCAUACUGGAUGCUGGAGUCUUCAUUGCCAGGGCGGUGGCUGAUGAAGGAGUGAGUGUGUUGGUCCACUGUUCAGAUGGCUGGGACAGAACAGCCCAGGCCUGCUCUGUAGCAAGUAUACUGCUGGACCCAUACUACAGAACCAUCAAAGGGCUCAUGGUGCUGAUAGAGAGAGACUGGGUUUCCUUUGGACAUAAGUUCUCCCACAGGUACACCCACCUGGACGGAGAUCCCAAAGAGGCAUCCCCUGUCAUUGACCAGUUCCUGGAGUGUGUGUGGCAGCUUUCAGAACAGUUCCCAUGUGCCUUUGAGUUCAACGAACACUUCCUCAUUUCCAUACACUCACAUGUCUACUCCUGUCAGUACGGCACCUUCCUGGGCAACUGCCAGAGGGAGCGCAGGGAUAUGAGGCUUCGUGAGCGGAGUCACUCCUUGUGGCCUCAAAUGUGGAAGGACAGAGGCGAGUACACCAACCCCCUGUACAAGGCAGAGCUAAGCCAAGGUCAGGUCGUCCUGAGACCCAACACCGCCCCCUACUGCUUCAAAAUGUGGAAAGGUCUAUAUAACUACAUAGAGAAAUCAAUGCCUCCUCGCCAAACACCUUCUGACUUUGCUAUGAGGGAGGACUCCCAGCAGCUGGAGGAGGAGCUGACUUAUCACCAGGAGGUACCUCCAGAAGAGGAUAGCAGCCCCGAAAGGGAAACCAAUCAUGUGGGAGAAGAUUGAGGUUACACAGAGGGAUAAUAGAUACUGUGGCCCGGACCGACCAACCACUUACACAGACCCAAUCAACAGCCGUACACAGGACAAAGCCUCAGAACCAGCACCCUGCAUUCGCCCUGCCGGUAAAGCCACGCUCACAGCUUAAGUGUCAGGACCCUGAAGACCUCUCCACCUGCAGGGGCCAUGGAGUCGUGACCUGGAGGCAUGGCUGACCUCAGCAGCCGCUCGUCUGGCGGUCGGGACUACGGCAAUGAGUAGGUCCUGGAAUGAGGAUGUCCGCACUGCUGCCUGACUGGAAAUAAGUGAGCCCAGCCGCCUGGCUUGAAGGUAAAAGAGGAAGACUUACAAAUAUAUAAAUUCACACACUAGGAGGGAGGUAUAGGGAAGGAAGAGUUGCUAGCUUGUCCCAUUCCUUCUUGGACCAAAAGGAGUCUCAGUGAAAUUAGGUGAAACCUCACUAUCUGAUUAUCAGUCUAUCUUUGUUUUGAAGGCAUGGGUAGACUCUAGUUGGUGUUUUUAUGUUUUAGGUACCCUCAUUUGUGAUAACCUUUGUGAGAUUGUUACAUGAUUGUUGCAUGAUACAUGAUACUAGAUUGGGAUGAUGUACGACACACAGGCUCCGUGAGGGGAGAAUCUGAUAAAACACAGAGUAGGACAUACACACACACACACACACACACACACACACAAACACACACACACACACACACACACACACACACACUCACACACACACACACACACACUUAAUAUAAGAGGAAGUAGCUCAAUAGGGAGAAGUGAUUCAAUAGUGGGAAGUAGCUGCAUAGGAGGAAGUAGCUCAAUAGGAAGAAGUGAUUCAAUAGUGGGAAGUAUCUGAAUAAGAGGAAGCAGCUCAAUAGUAAGAAGUAGCUCAAUAAGAAGAAGCAGCUCAAUAGGAACGUUUUUGGUAAAUUGAUUCAGCACCCAUAUUUUACAAUCCUAUAUAAACAUUUAAUUAGUUUCAUAAUGAUUGGCAAAUGUUUAUGGUUAAUAACGUGCAUGAUUGUUUAACAAUUAUGAUAAUUCUUAAUACGAAUGUGUAUCUCAGUCUCACAAUGCUAUUUCUUGAAUUUUUUAUUAAAUAUAUACAAAUAAGCUAAAUCCAUCAUGGCAGACAGUUAUGGUCCAAAAGGCUUUUUGUAGAACACAUUGAGCUGGACAUGUGUCUGAAAUUACAAGUCAAUCCGACAAACUGUGUGAGGGUAUUGGCCUGUCAAAUGUAAUAGCGCCACGAUUCAAUACAAUUUUAUUUGUAUAGCACCAAAUCAUUUUAGAAAAACCCAACAGCUACCAGAAUGAGCAAGCAUUACUUUGACUGUAGAGUGAAUGAUAUGGUAGGCUGUUCCAGCGGCUUGGAGCGUAAAAGCUAAAGGCACUUUCACCAGUUUUUGUUGAGACCAGGGGAAUAACCACGCAGCCUGUUCCAGGUGAUCAAAACAGUUCAGGUGUUGCAGAGCUAUCAUAUGAGUAAGAUAUUGAGGUGGCACACCAUGUAGAGUCCUAAAAAAUGAGCGUGACAACUUUCAAAUCAAUUGUAAAGUUUUCUGGAAGCCAGUGUAACAACUUCAGCACUGGUGUCAUAUGGUCAUAUUUCCUUUUUCCCUAUUAAACUCUAGCAGCUGCAUUGUGGAGUAGCUGCAGCUGAUCCAGAUGCUUUUAAAGGUCCCUGUGAGCAGUGUAUUGAAGGGAUUUACCCAACUGGAUAUAAAAGCAUGGACAUUUUUUUCAGUGUCUUCCUAGGACAAAAAGCUCCUUACUUUUGGCAAUAUUUCUUAAUGAUGAAAUCCAAUUUAAAUGAUGCUGUAGUUGAGGCUCUGGAAAGUGAGGUCAGUGCUCAGAAUGACCUGGACUGUUUCUGACCCAUGUGACACUCCAGAGAUAGUAAUGAUAAUUUAAGAGAGAUCUGGGGCCUCAUUUAUAACCUUGCGUAUGAACAAAACGGUGUCAGAAAGAUGCUUAUGCCACCUCUUACGCAAACAUUGGGAUCUAUAAAAACAAACUUGAUCGGAGAAUGUGAUAACUUGUGGGGUAACUGUGACCCAUAAGUAUGAACAUUUUGGAAAGGGGAAAAUGACGGUGCAGAUGUGAAGUGGUGAAUUGAAACAAUCCUCUGCCACUCAGGGGUCGACAUGUAGCUUAAGAAAAGUAAAAUAAAAUAUGUGAGCUCAAUCCAAAGUAGAGCGAUGAUCUUAAACUAUAAUGUUGACUCUCCUUAGACACUUUUAUAUAAUACAAAUCCUUUCCGUGAUGGAGAUAAAUUAAAGAUCAAAUAAAUGUCAAAUCAUUUGUCUGACCAGUAUGAACGACCUAGGGACAUGUCUUCACCAGAACAAAAUGUGAACAAAAAUAUUCAUGUUGGUAACAAAGGCUGGACUGCAAUAUUUUUAAUUUUUGUGUGCAAUAUACAUUAUGUCAAAGGCAUUAAUGUUUUUUCAGUAUACUGUAUAACAUUGUACAAUAAUCUACCCUCACAUCCACCGAAUUCCUCAGACGAGAAUGUGUCAAUCAUGAGCUCCUGUUUAACCAGUCAGAUGUGAAGUGAAGUUUCAGAUGUUAUGUGAGAACCCUGAUCAGACCUGGUAUAAACAAGCAUGUUGGGUGUCUGUCUUCAGCAAGUGUGUUCACAGCUACAGGCAAAGACCAUAUUGCUCAAGAUGUUUGGCACUCCAUUUAAUCACACACUACAUCUUACACAGAUAAUGUUAGCUGAAUUGGAGGUCCGUCAGUGUGGACCAGGCCACAUUCACACUGUUAAAAGAAUGUGGCUUCUUGCAUCCCAGACCACCUCUGAUGCAGUCUGAGCCAUCAACCAAACAUAUGCAUGUUUAUGCCAGGUGUGAACAGAGCGCUAGAGCUUACUUAUUCAAGCACUUUGUCAUGUCACUGUAUUAAAUGCCUGAAAAUGAAAACCUAUUGUGGCUCUAUGUAAUGCUUUAAUGGCGGUGACUGGGUGGUGAAGAAUGCUCUUUUUCUAUUUUGAACAGGCUCUUACGUGAAGUUCAUCGUAAGGCUUAUGUUACAGUUGAGCAGUGAGUAUCACCUGUGGUACUAAAUAAAGAGAGUGACUCAUUUAUUUUUAGCACAUUUAUUGGUAUGAAGUCCAAUUUGUAAUUAUCGCCUGUAAGAAUAAAGUCAUGGAGAUCACCUACACACUCAGCAGAGAACAAACAUUUGUUGUGGAUUCAGAGCUGUGGAGCAGUGUGGUUAUACAGCUGAACUGAAUUGGAAAACACAAAAUCUUCCUACACUCCUGCAGGAGCUGACGCGGUGGUGUAACAGUGAUGUGAUGACAAAUGUCAGCGCUACUGUAUGUGACAACACUUACUGUAUCUAAUGAGCUGUGUCUGUGGCUCCACUCCCUCAUAACGUGAACAUUUCACUGUAGCCUGUGGUGUGUAUUUAUGCGUGAGUGUGUAUUCUGUAUUUACCAAUGUAAAAGAGCUAUUAAUAAAAUCACUGUUAAAGGGAAAGAACUGCAACAUUCCGGGUCUUUGGCGUGUCAACAAAUAUUAAAUAUUUCUCACAA